AUGCGGUCCAGUGGGAGAACGCUCUUGUUAUCUGGUUUGGUGGCACUGGUUUCGCAAGCCGCUGCGCAGGUUGCAAGCGUUUGCCCGUCGACUGGUGUGUGCUUCAAGCUGAAUAUUCCUGAAAGCACAACUUCGUCAGGCAGUGGAGAUAUUUUCUUCCAGAUCUCUGCACCGAGCACUUACUCAUGGGUUGCUCUCGGCCAGGGACGGGCUAUGUCCGGCUCCAACAUGUUUGUUAUCUACACAUCAGCAGAUGGAAACAACGUAACACUAUCGCCUCGAUCAGCUAGCGGAUACAACAUGCCUACCCUCAACAGCGCGGCGCAGGUUGAGCUUCUUGAAGGAUCCAGCGUGUCCAAUGGCGUCAUGACUGCCAAUGUCAAAUGCUCCAAUUGCAACAGCUGGUCGGGCGGCACUGCAGACUUCACGGCCUCAAGUGGAAACUGGAUUUAUGCAUAUCUGGCAUCAGGCGGCGCUUUGAACACCGAUGACCAGUCAGCUUCGAUCCGCCAGCACAGCCAGUACGACUCUUUCUCGUGGGACUAUGCUAAUGCAAAGGGGGGAAGCAGUGUCAAUCCACUCGUGAAUGCCGCGCCUGCCGGGACUGGAACUGCCACUGGCACCGGCGGCGGAUCCGGCAGUUCUGCCACCUCAAGUUGUAUUCCACGACAAGGUGCACAGGCUACAGGGGAAUCGGGAUCAGGGACUACUACUGCUGCCAGUCCUACACAGACUUUAGGUGACGAUGGUGAUGAUGACAACACUCAACGGGGACGUCCGACCUGGGCCACUGCUCGGCCAAGUUCAUGGCCCACGGGCCGCCCAUGGGACAAUGACGAUGACGGCACUCCGGGUAGAUUCGUUAAGCGACAAAACCUCCCAUACUGUGACGAAGUCAGCUCCGGUGAUGGCUUCACCUCGAUCGGUUCAGGUGGCGGCGGCCCUUCGGAGCGACGCACUAUGCUCAUCGCACACGGCGUUCUCGCUUCUCUCGCCUUCGUCAUUCUCUUCCCAGCAGGCGCCAUUGCCAUUCGCCUCGCUUCUUUCCCCGGUGUUGUUUGGGUUCAUGCGAUCUUCCAGGUCUUUGCCUACCUGGUCUACAUUGCUGCCUUCGGGUUGGGCGUGUAUCUAGCGCUAGAGAUGGAGAUGAUAGACCAUCACCACCCUAUCAUCGGCGUAGUCGUCCUUAUCUGCAUCUUCUUGCAGCCCUUCUUCGGCUACCUCCACCACGUACUCUUCAAGAAGUACCAAAGCCGCACGUUCUGGUCGUACGUGCACAUCUGGCUUGGCCGUGCUGCCGUGACACUCGGUAUCAUCAACGGUGGUCUCGGUCUCCAGUGGGCAGACUCUAUGAAUAUGAGCUCACGAGGUGGCAUCAUCGCGUACGCAGUCAUUGCAGCUUUUGUGUGGCUGGUCUGGGUUGCGGCAAUGGUUAUUGGCGAGAGGAGAAGGACCAGGAAUAUGAAGGAUGCGCCACCCAAGUAUGAGGACGGCCAUCGCCGCGGCUCACAACGCAGGCACGGAUCCAGGGGUGACGAUACCGAUUCGUCUGACGAUAUCCGACUUGUGCAGUCGAGGAUGCAUGGACAUUAUGCGCCAAAGCGUCAGUAG